GAUAGCAUCUUCGUUCUUUGAGAACGCAAUCGAAAAGUGGUUUAUUACGAUAAGCAACGCGAAUCGGGUUGCGAGAGAAGCAAAGUGUACAGUUAAUACAAUUGACACAUCUGUUGAAAAUGUAGUUUGUCCCCAGCGUACGCCCGUUGUACGAUUUAUUGGUUUGUUUUGGUUUCGCGUCCCUUGAGGCUUGGAUUGCUGCUGCGUGAACAAGCAGCAGAUCGUCUUCCAAGAAGCAGUUUAAAAAAGUGCAAAUGCUGUUCGAAGCGCGGUAGUGGCGUAAAUUUCUUAUUUGAUAUCCUCAUUGUAUGUGCUGGAAGCAUCACUAUGCUCAAAUAGUGUACAAUUUUGCCAUACAUUGUCGACCAUCCAGUUGCAAGGAAACAGAAAAGUUUACAAUCGAUUUUUGCCACCAAGCGUGUGUGUAUGUGUGUGCGUGUUUGUGCGCUUGGUUGCGGAGUGCCAAGACCAGUUGUAUCCCGUUGUGAAGGGCUUGGAAAGCAUAGGCAAAUCGCAAACGGCAUCGAAACCCAAAGUUCUGCCUGCUAGGCAGCUGCAAGAGCAUUUGGAAAGGAAAACAUUCGGCACGAAGAACGUGUUGGGAGUGGAAACGGCGGAAAUCGGAUUAGGGUGAAGCGGACGAGAAAAGGAACCGCUUAAAAGGAAACCGGCAGAAAAGGGCGAAGAAGUGAACGACGCCAAAGAAAUGGAGAUUACCGACGACCGUGUUUACGCCGCCGAGAAGAUUAUGAAAAAACGUGUCCGAGCGGGCAAAGUAGAAUACUGGGUUAAGUGGAAAGGCUGGAGCCAACGGCACAACACCUGGGAGCCGGAGGAAAACAUUCUCGAUCCUCGGUUGAUAGAUAUUUUCCAAAAAUUGCUCCGCGGACCCGCAACACCGAAGCGCAAGAAGAAGGCCGUCAUCGAGGACUCGGACGAUGAUGAUGAACCGGCACCGGGUUCUGCCUCGGCAACCCCCGAGCCUCCCGUGCCGAUAAAGAAAGAGGAUAAAAAGGAAUGUGUGCCCGUGAAGCGGGAAAAGGAGGAAAAAACACACCAUCACCAUCAUCAUCAUCAUCACCAUCACGGAGCGCAGGGGAGUGUUAAGAAGGAAAAGGACACUGGCGCUGGUGUUAGCGGUGGUGGUGCCGUCGGUGGAUCAACUGACGGUGGUCUGAAGCGAAGCACCAGCACUAGUCCAAACAACGCUUCGAAGGAGAAAUCCGCCGGAGAGGGAACACACAGUACCGCAACCCCGGGCGGAACGGUCGUUGGAGGGACACUGGUCGGUGGUACGGGCGCCCAACUGCACAGCCUAAAGAUAUCGAUCUCGUCCGCCGAAAGCGAAGCGAACGAUCUCGACACAAACUCCAACUCGAGCGAUGAUCAACCGCUCAGCCACAAGGAUCUGGCGGGCACGAAGCGAAAGGCGGAAGUGCUCUCCAAGGGUGGAAAGGUGGGUGUGACGAUAAAGACAUCCUCGCCGGACGACGGCGGUAUCCUAGCGAAAGCGCAACGGCUCGAGGUGUCGCCGUUGGCACCCAUCAGCGCUACGGCGGCCGCUGCCUCGACCGUUGCACCGAUCAGUGCCCCCGGCGGUAAGCUGGAUCUGAAACCGGUGGCCCCCCUCUCGCCCGACACGCCCGCCUCGAGACCAGAAUCGAACAUUCCUCCACCGGCCGAAAGCAAUCAACUACCCGGUGGCGGAGCGGCCGGUCCCGAUGAACAGCGGCAGCAACCACCGGCACCACCACCACCUCCUCAACCGAACGCGAACCAGCGGUUCAACAAUGAGUGCCCGUUGAUCAACGGUAGCAACAACAACAACAAUAUUAACAAUAACAACAACAAUAGCAUCAACAAGCAUGUCAGCAACCUGUCACUAUCGCCACGGGCCGCUCCGCCCCGUCUCUGGUUGCCAAAGUCGCAGACGACGAACCAGGUGUUUAUUACGGAUGUCACCGUCAACCUGGAAACCGUCACCAUUCGCGAGUGCAAGACGGAACAGGGUUUUUUUAAGGCGAGAGAAUUGCAACAACAGCAACAACAGCAACAGCAACAGCAGCAACAGCAACAGCAACAGCAGCAGCAGCAGCAGCAGCAACAACAGCAGCAGCAGCAGCAGCGUAAGGAAGGAGAUGUUUGCAAUUAGGAACCACCAGAACGACCGUAGACCGGAACCGUCAUCAUGUAUUCCUGUACCUGUGGAACAGCAAAAGUGCAUUUGUUUUAGUAGACAAAUUUUUCCAAAUGUCUCCACAUAAAAUCAAACAAAAUCAUUCGCAAUUGAAUAAGAUGAAAAAGUCCUCUCGGGUGAUUAAAGGGGUUUGCAGGUUUACUGAAGAAGCAAUGUGUAUAUAGGUGUAGGGAACGUUGAGAUUGCUUUUAGGGGUGGAUAGGGAACGUGAUUGUGGUGGUACUACAUUUUUAUCAGUUUUACAUGGAUGAGAAUGGAUAUGAUAGGAGGGAGCGUCUUACGACACGCAAGACUCAUUGGUUCAUCUUUUUUUUUGUUUUAGUUGUACAUACAGUUUUACGAUCUUUAACAGCGGAGAGGCUGCAGGAAAACGGAAGGAUAAUUGAGCAAAUAAUGGCUAACAUUUCCUUGGAUGCACAAAAAGGAAGAAAAACACCCGUUUUCUUUAUCAAAAGGUUCCAAAACUAUAGAUACUUAGUUUUCGUUCCACUUUGCAAUCUUUUGCUGAAGUAACAGAUAGUAAGCAAAAGCAGAGGAUCGUUCGACAACAACGGAGUCCUUGUCAAUGAAAGUUAGUUUUUGGCUUGUUUUCAACCUCUUUGUUUCAUGAACCUAUUAGCGAAUAGUCAGGUGCAUAAUGAGUUUAGAUUUUCUUUCAUUCUUAAUGGUUUAAUCGUAUUCUGAUAGCAAGCUUUUGAACGUAUCGUUCUUGUGCACAAUUCCACUAACCCCCCUCCCAGCGAGAAGUUUGGUUUCUCAGCUCAACCAUUUUUUGCUCGUUAAGAAAGCUUACCUACGGAGGACAAUGUUUGUUACAGUUACGUGCUUUUAGUUAUCUCUAAAGAAAGAUGGCACAACCAUUAAAACAUUCGAGCAAUGUUGUGUAGCAUUUAAGAUUCCUUUCGCCAAAGGAAGUUCCACAAAUGGAAGGAAGAUUUACUUUACGACCAAACCAGUAAAAUAGAAACGCACCCGUUCGCACCAGUAAUUCUUUUUGAUAUCGAGCUUUUUUUCUCUCUCUCUCUCUUUUUCUUAGUAUACCUACGGUAGGGACUGUUUUAAAUUAUAUAAUCUUAGUCAUAAACAGUCGAGUAUUUGUUAGAUUUUAAUUUUUGGAAAAUAAUUCUAGAGGUUAUAAGAAACGGAUCAUGGAGGAGAAACGUAAGUUGACGAACACGUUUUAGACUUUGGAAUUUCAUUUAAAUUUUAUUUAUUUGUAAGUCUGUGUAAGACUUUUUUCUUGUUGGCAUUGAAACCCAACUAAACGUAAUAUAUGUUUGUCAAGAUUUGUCGUAGAUUCGGCACUAGGGCUCGAGGCACACGUAGGCCAAGAAAUCGCGUAUCUAACUGCUAUCUUUCCCAUUGGGAGGCACCGAUUCACUGGUGCAUUCCGGUUCUACCAAAAAUUUAUUAUUUCUUAGCUUAGCUAGUUUCUGGAGGGGAAAAUGAAAAUCAUCAGCGAAACUUUCUAGAUUUGAGACAACAAAAAAAAACUAUACAAUGCGCGAAAUUAUUCCCUGUCAAACAGCAGAGGCAUGUAACUAGCAGGGUCUGGCUGUCGUGCUCUAUAGGGGCAAAUGGAAGAUGAAAUCGGAACGAAACCUAUUUUGCCACCUAACUUAUUACACCUUACUAUAUCCUACUUUAGAGUAAGAUUUUUUUUUGUCUAUUUCAAUUCGUUCUACACAUACCUGUUGUAUCUCAAUGGAACCGUAGAUCAAUUCGGCCAACUUGAAACAAAUAUCGAAAUCUAAAAACCGUCUGUUAUGGAAAUAAUAUAAUCAGCAUUCAAUACAUUGUCGAUACGCUCCCAAAAUGUGGAAAAUAAUGGCAUAAACAUAAUGGAUGAGCAAUACACCCCGUGUGACCACCUCACACACCCCCGGACUCCUGGAGGUCCCGUGCAGCCGAGGACGGGAGGAGUACAUCAUUUUACACUUGUAGUCCGUAGUGGAAUCUCUUUGAAACAAUGAUACAAUAAGCAACACAUAUUCCGCUAUUUAUACGACGGCGCAUAACUAUCUUACGUAGUUUAUAGCGGGUAGGAACCAACCACUACAUCUACUGUUAUGAUAAUGUAAGGAACUAAUUAAA